UCUGCCGACGUGAGACACCAGACCGGGUUCUGCAGCGGAGCCGGAAAGUGGAAGGAGACGACCGGGGGAGCGACUCUGGGUUUGAUUCCGCAGGCCGGGCGACAGAGGCUGCUGGCCGGAUGUUUCUGUCACGACUGGCGAUGGCGGCGAGAGGAACAGGUGCGUGCAAAGUGGAGCAGAUGAGCAUGUGGACUUCCUCCCUGAUGAGGAGACACCACUUCCACCCGUGAGCAGAAGACGGCGAGAGAAGCCACACGGAAACAUGCAACACCCGGCCUGAAAAAGUGAAGGAAAGUGAGAAAUCCACCUCGCUCCCCAGGGGGACAGCAGUCUGCGUUGGACAGAAGUCUGAGGCAUGAACGUGGGAAGAAGCCACCAGCACAGCUUCCUGUCCUGUGAAGAAGAAGGCCUGAGACUGACCAGCAUGCCCGCCGUGGGCACUUUCGGGAAUGGAAAGAUCCACACCAGACGCCAAAGACAGAGCCGCUUCGUGGGCAAGGCGGGGGGGUGCAACAUCCACUUCUCCAACAUGGACGACAAGUCCCAACGCUACAUAUCUGACUUCUUCACCACGUGCGUGGACAUUCGCUGGCGCUACAUGUUCCUGCUCUUCAGUCUGGUGUUCGUGGUGUCCUGGCUCAUGUUCGGCCUGGCCUUCUGGGUGGUCGGCCUCCUGCACGGCGACAUGGACCGUCCCGCCGGCGACGUGGUGCCGUGUGUCACGCAGGUCAACACCUUCCUGGCCGCUUUCCUCUUCUCCAUCGAGACCCAGACCACCAUUGGCUACGGCUCCCGGUGCGUGACGGAAGAGUGCCCCGUUGCCGUCUUCAUGGUGGUGUUCCAGUCCAUCGUAGGCUGCGUGAUCGACGCCUUCAUGAUCGGCGCCAUCAUGGCCAAGAUGGCGAGGCCUAAGAAGCGGGCGCAGACUCUGCUGUUCAGCCACAACGCGGUCAUCGCCAUGCGUGACGGCAAGUUGAGCCUCAUGUUUAGGGUGGCCAACCUGAGAAAAAGCCACAUUGUGGAGGCUCACGUCCGGGCCCAGAUGGUGAAGCCUCGUUACACGGAGGAGGGUGAGUACAUCCCUCUGGACCAGAUCGACAUGAACGUUGGCUACGACAGAGGCACCGACCGCCUCUUUCUGGUGGCGCCUCUCACCGUCAUCCACGAGAUCGACGAGGACAGCCCGCUCUUUGGCGUCAGCAAGCAAGACCUGGAGACGUCCGACUUUGAGAUCGUGAUCAUCCUGGAAGGCCUGGUGGAAGCCACCGCCAUGACCACACAGGCGCGCAGCUCCUACCUGUCCUCCGAGGUCCUUUGGGGCCACCGCUUUGAGCCUCUCAUUUUCGAGGACAAGGGCCAGUACAGGAUAGAUUACGCCUACUUCCACAAGACUUUCGAGGUGCCGUCUACGCCCAGGUGCAGCGCCAGGGACAUGGAAGGCGGGAAGUUGCCUACCUCGGGCGCCAACUCCUUCUGCUACGAGAACGAGCUGGCCUUCAUCAGCAGGGACGAAGAGGACGAGCAGGAGGCAGACUUUGACAGCGCCGAAGACAGACAGUGUUCCACGGAGCUGCUGAGCGAGCACGCCGACGGGCGGGAGCUGAAAUACAACGUAGAGUCAAAGAUCUAAAAUGUACUCCAGCUCCGCGAAAGACUAAAAACUACUCGUAAGAUCCUGGUCAUCAAUAUUGUGCAUGGCUGAUUAGGUUUGGCGUUUAUGCCCGCAGGUCCGUUGCUUGUCUCUCCUCGCCCUGUUUCUAGAUGACAGAAACGCUUCACUUCUUGCUGAACACUGGCCCACAGACUUUGGAUGCAUCGAGUGGGUCCGGAUGCACACUUUUGGACACACAUGUUGGGCUUGUGCGGAGCCCUCGGUAUUGCAGCGGGACCUGAAAUGUCCAAGGAGUUGCAGGCGGAGGACACUGUAAGAACCGUGACAGUGAGCCAGCUAUUUGCAAGUGGAAACUCACAAGAAGCAUCACGUUGGGAGGGGCAGCUGAACUUUUCAAGCUCCAGAAACAUGCCAUUUAUAGCACUGCUGCUAGGAUUUACCUCAAGCAGGGUUUUCCCCCGACUACAGAGUGCACCGGUACAUAAGCCGCACCCACUCAUUUUCAGGAAAAAAAAUAAGUGUCCAUGUAUUAGCCGCGCCGGACUAUAAGUUGCAGAUAUAUACGUUGUGAAAUUAGUUAUUUACACAGAAAUAUUUAGUAAAUGUUUCUUUACACACCUUAAUUGUUUCCAAACGGUCUCUGUAACAGGGCAGUAAAACGGCUGAUCAAACAAAACAAAAACAUUCAUGGACCCACUAGCUGCGCAAGCUAGCUUUCCAAUCAGCUAAACAGACUCAAUAACUCCAAGGUGAUAUUUUGAUGAAUAUACUGAGGAAUUUGUGAAACUGAAACAAUACAAAAAGAAUGUUAUUGUAAGUUAAUAAUACUAACACAGACACUUGUAAACCUGUUAGCAUAUUAGCUAAUGCUAACAACGACAACUUGAUUACAUUACGAUAACACGUACAAAUAUGCAUGAAAACACUCCUACAGACAUCACACCUUGUUAAGUACGAAUUGUUUUAGUUAUAUUGUAAAACUUGCAAAUGUUGCUUGGAGUGAUGAAUGAAGAAUCCACACGAGUAGAAAGGCCAUGGGGGUCUAGAAGACAGAACGGCACUUCUACUUCUGGUUUGAAGUUUUAAAGAGUGGGAAUCCACAUUCCCCCAGCAGCACCUACAGUUAGCGAACUCGUCCAAAAGAUGGCGCCAUGGCACAAAUUAUAACACACCUUGUAAUUGUUUUGCAUGUGUUUCAUGAAAAAUCCAUAAAGCAGUGGCACCGUUUUAUAAGUUGCAGGGUACAAAGCGUAGGAAAAAAAUAGCAGCCAACCCUCCCGAAUUUUCUGGGAGACUCCUGAAUUUCAGUGCCACUCCCGAAAAUCUCCCGGGACAACCAUUCUCCCCAAUUUCUCCCGACUUCCAUGCUAACCUGAGUGAGGACAGCCUGUGGUCACGUCCACUUGUCCUCCAUAUAAACAGCAUGGCGGCCUGAGUGAGGACAGCCUGUGGUCACGUCCACUUGUCCUCCAUAUAAACAGCGUGGCGGCCUGAGUGAGUACAACCUGUGGUCACGUCCACUUGUCCUCCAUAUAAACAGCGUAGCGGCCUGAGUGAGGACAGCCUCUGGUCACGUCCACUUGUCCUCCAUAUAAACAGCAUGGCGGCCUGAGUGAGGACAGCCUGUGGUCACGUCCACUUGUCCUCCAUAUAAACAGCAUGGCGGCCUGAGUGAGUACAACCUGUGGUCACGUCCACUUGUCCUCCAUAUAAACAGCGUGGCGGCCUGAGUGAGUACAACCUGUGGUCACGUCCACUUGUCCUCCAUAUAAACAGCAUGGCGGCCUGAGUGAGGACAGCCUGUGGUCACGUCCACUUGUCCUCCAUAUAAACAGCGUGGCGGCCUGAGUGAGGACAGCCUGUGGUCACGUCCACUUGUCCUCCAUAUAAACAGCAUGGCGGCCUGAGUGAGGACAGCCUGUGGUCACGUCCACUUGUCCUCCAUAUAAACAGCGUGGCGGCCUGAGUGAGUACAACCUGUGGUCACGUCCACUUGUCCUCCAUAUAAACAGCGUGGCGGCCUGAGUGAGUACAACCUGUGGUCACGUCCACUUGUCCUCCAUAUAAACAGCAUGGCGGCCUGAGUGAGUACAACCUGUGGUCACGUCCACUUGUCCUCCAUAUAAACAGCAUGGCGGCCUGAGUGAGGACAGCCUGUGGUCACGUCCACUUGUCCUCCAUAUAAACAGCGUGGCGGCCUGAGUGAGGACAGCCUGUGGUCACGUCCACUUGUCCUCCAUAUAAACAGCAUGGCGGCCUGAGUGAGUACAACCUGUGGUCACGUCCACUUGUCCUCCAUAUAAACAGCAUGGCGGCCUGAGUGAGGACAGCCUGUGGUCACGUCCACUUGUCCUCCAUAUAAACAGCAUGGCGGCCUGAGUGAGGACAGACUGUGGUCACGUCCACUUGUCCUCCAUAUAAACAGCGUGGCGGCCUGAGUGAGGACAGCCUGUGGUCACGUCCACUUGUCCUCCAUAUAAACAGCGUGGCGGCCUGAGUGAGGACAGCCUGUGGUCACGUCCACUUGUCCUCCAUAUAAACAGCGUGGCAGCCUGAGUGAGUACAACCUGUGGUCACGUCCACUUGUCCUCCAUAUAAACAGCGUGGCAGCCUGAGUGAGGACAACCUGUGGUCACGUCCACUUGUCCUCCAUAUAAACAGCGUGGCGGCCUGAGUGAGGACAACCUGUGGUCACGUCCACUUGUCCUCCAUAUAAACAGCGUGGCGGCCUGAGUGAGGACAACCUGUGGUCACGUCCACUUGUCCUCCAUAUAAACAGCGUGGCGGCCUGAGUGAGGACAGCCUGUGGUCACGUCCACUUGUCCUCCAUAUAAACAGCGUGGCGGCCUGAGUGAGGACAGCCUGUGGUCACGUCCACUUGUCCUCCAUAUAAACAGCGUGGCGGCCUGAGUGAGGACAGACUGUGGUCACGUCCACUUGUCCUCCAUAUAAACAGCGUGGCGGCCUGAGUGAGUACAACCUGUGGUCACGUCCACUUGUCCUCCAUAUAAACAGCGUGGCGGCCUGAGUGAGUACAACCUGUGGUCACGUCCACUUGUCCUCCAUAUAAACAGCAUGGCGGCCUGAGUGAGUACAACCUGUGGUCACGUCCACUUGUCCUCCAUAUAAACAGCAUGGCGGCCUGAGUGAGUACAACCUGUGGUCACGUCCACUUGUCCUCCAUAUAAACAGCGUGGCGGCCUGAGUGAGGACAGCCUGUGGUCACGUCCACUUGUCCUCCAUAUAAACAGCAUGGCGGCCUGAGUGAGUACAGCCUGUGGUCACGUCCACUUGUCCUCCAUAUAAACAGCAUGGCGGCCUGAGUGAGUACAACCUGUGGUCACGUCCACUUGUCCUCCAUAUAAACAGCGUGGCGGCCUGAGUGAGGACAGCCUGUGGUCACGUCCACUUGUCCUCCAUAUAAACAGCGUGGCGGCCUGAGUGAGGACAGCCUGUGGUCACGUCCACUUGUCCUCCAUAUAAACAGCGUGGCGGCCUGAGUGAGGACAGACUGUGGUCACGUCCACUUGUCCUCCAUAUAAACAGCGUGGCGGCCUGAGUGAGUACAACCUGUGGUCACGUCCACUUGUCCUCCAUAUAAACAGCGUGGCGGCCUGAGUGAGUACAACCUGUGGUCACGUCCACUUGUCCUCCAUAUAAACAGCGUGGCGGCCCAGUCAUGUUAGAACAUCUGAGUGCAAGAAGGAGACUAUUAUAUAUGUCUCCCUUGUCCAUACCUCUAUCUAGAAGCCAUACAGUAGGCAGGCACUGAGCUAUUUCUCAGCAUGGGUUUAUUCCAGCCGGCGCCUUAAUACACUGACACACAACAUCCGGAAUCCCAUCAUGCAUUGCUUCAAAACUAUGGCAAGUAGUAAUGUCCAAAAAAAGAUAGUGACAGAGAAUAGAACGAGGAAGGACAAUUCAACUCUAAACUCACUCCAUCCAUUUUUCUACCGCUUAUUCCCCUUUGGGCUCGCGGGGGGCGCUGGUGCCUAUCUCAGCUACAAUAGGGCGGAAGGCGGGGUACACCCUGGACAAGACGCCACCUCAUCGCAGGGCCUCUAAACUCACUCCUUUCCUGCAAAUGAAAUGUGACUGAUGCUGCCCAUACCUAUGCUCCUUCAAAGGCUGUGUUACUGGCUGCAAAGUAUUGCACUUUAUAUACAACAAUGAGUAGAGAGGAGUGUUACGUGUGUGUAUAUGUGGAAAUAAAUGAACACUAAAUUCAAAUAUUUCAAGUAUAUAUAUAUAUAUAUAUAUAUAUAUAUAUAUAUAUAUAUAUAUAUAUAUAUAUAUAUAUAUAUAUAUAUAUAUAUAUAUAUAUAUAUAUCGUAUAUCCUUGAAUUACCGUGGGGGAACUAAUUAAUUUAAAACCUCUUCUCUCUCCGGCGCUUACCAAAGGCAUGCGGUAAAUUUAGGCCUGCGCUUAUAAAUUUGAGUGUGAUGUAAGGAUACCAUCAUGAAAAGCACAUUUAACAAAAAAAACGUUAUAAUGCUCUUACCUUUACUUAUAAAUGAAGUCCAUGCGCAGCUCCUUCUGAUCAAAAGCAUCGAUAACUUGUUUAUAGAAGUCUUUCUUAUCUUUCUUCAGUUUUAAAAGUCUCUCUGUCUCGAUGGAGAUCUUCCUUUAUUACUUCCUGCUUCCAUUGAAAGUCCAGUUUAGAAAACUGUUUAAUUUUAGAUAUGUAAUCCUUCAUGUUAAAAGUGCAAGCGAGAGGAAAAGCUGCUCACUCUUGCUGCUUGUUGUCACUUCUUCUGCAGCCGAGUAGUCGCAAGAAGGAUCACUAGCGCCCUCUACCACCAGGAGGCAGGAGUCAUUUAAUGACUCAUAUUUGACACACGCAGCUACGGUAUAUUAAUAAAACAUAGCUGCUUACUGUUCUUUUUAGCAUAUUCAAUAGCUUGGACCUUAAAUCCUACUGAAUAGCUCUUAAUCUUAUUCCCUUUAUACGAUUUCAAAUGAUUGAAAUCAGCCUCCUCCAUUUUGAAAAUGAUGACAGGUGAAGUGUCACUCGUGACGUGACGAGUUUGACCCGGCGGAAAUUCAAGGCGUAUGCUAACUAUUUUGCGAAACGAGUUUGACCCGUCAGUAAUUCAGACGGUCUCAAGGUUGGCAAGUAUGGCUUAUAGUCCGGAAUUUACAGUGUUUUGUUUAGUUUUUUUCUCUUUGAUAUGGUCCUGUUAGGAAAGAAUAUCCACCUUACACUGCUAAAAUAUUUGAUUCAUCUAUUUUUAUUUUUUUUUGACAUCGCAAUGUUUCGAGGCAAAACAGGCUGCACUACUUGGGAGUAGACAGCAGUGGCGCCGUAGAGUCCGCCCCAACUAGUUUGCAGUGUAAAGAAGAAGAACAUUACUUACCGCCACAUAUGUUGUGUUCCCAUUCUACUGGGAGAUCGGGAUUACAAGUUCUGGUUUAAACUGGAACCCGCCCUCACAACCCCCCUCCCACCCCCCAUCCCCCAGGAAAGGGAGUUCCCGACUAGUCAUCUUAUACAAAACAAUAAAAAGUGUUUGAACAGUUCAGGAUGAGUACCGUCCACAUUUGAAGUGAUACAGUACCAAUUCCCGGUACCUGGAAAUAGAUUUUCUGUACAUUUGUGUGUGUUAGCAAAUAUUAAAUGUUUUUGAUAGUAAAAUCUCAUUUUUUUAUUGCAACAUUUUGAAAAUGAGCAUAAAAACUUUGUAUGGCGCAACAAAUGACAAGAUUGGCACAUUCGACUUGAUGGCAAAGACCAAAGGUACCGAUGUUGCUACUGUUAGUUACUAAGUAUUGUUUUGAUAAUAAAGUCACGUGUUUUAUUGGCACAUAAAAAAAUUAUGUGUUAAAUCUU